ACUUUGGAUGCUUAAUUGAUGAUGGAUAUUUUCCCUUAUGGUGGGAAAAACACAGUAGAAUUAAUUAACAAAUUACUUUAGAUGUACAAAGCUGCUCCUUAGCUGUUGGACAAAUUUACCUGUUAAGCCUUCCUGUGCCAAACAUUUGGUAAGAUGGAAGAUAAUGGGGAGGCAAAAAGUUUAACUGCCCACCAAAUGGAUGAAUGCUCAAGAAUGGCUGCAUCUGAAGGUUUGGAAGAAGGAGAGGUUGAAGGGGAAACUUUACUGAUAGUUGAGUCUGAAGACCAGGCCUCAGUGGAUCUGUCCCACGAUCAGAGUGGGGAUUCCUUGAACAGUGAACUAGGUGAUGAAGGGGAUGUGUCCUGGACAGAAGAAAUGUCCUAUUAUUGUGACAAAUGCCAGAAGUGGAUACCUGCAACUCAGUUGAGGGGAGAGCAUCCUAGUUACUUGCGAGGUGAUAACUUCUUCCGAUUUAGUUGUUCAGACUGCGCAGAAGAUCGGAAGGAGCACUUCGAGAGACUGAAGCUCACGUGGCAGCAAGUUGUGAUGUUGGCCAUGUACAAUUUAUCAUUGGAAGGGACUGGUCGCCAGGGCUACUUCCGUUGGAAGGAGGAUAUUUGUGCUUUUAUUGACAAGCACUGGGCUUUCUUAUUGGGAAACAGAAAAAAGACCUCGACUUGGUGGAGUACUGUGGCUGGCUGCCUCUCUGUGGGCAGCCCAAUGUAUUUCCGCUCGGGUGCUCAGCAGUUUGGUGAACCAGGUUGGUGGAAGCUGGUGCACAACAAACCUCCUGUCAUGAGGCCAGAAGGAGAGAGACCGUCAAGCACAACACUGAAAUCAAGAGCUGUCAAACCACCCCUGGAUCCAAUCAUUACAGUGGAAGGGCUUCGGAAACGAGUGAGUCGCAACCCUGUGGAAACAGCCAUGGAACUGAAGGAGAAACGCUCACGUACUCAGGAAGCUAAGGACAUCCGGCGUGCUCAGAAGGAAGCUGCUAGCUUCAUUGACCGGAGCACCUCUUCCACUCCAGUGAAGUUGUCCAGCCGGACCCGCAGGACAGAACUGGUCCUGGAGAAAGGAGAGGUCAUUGAUUUCUCUUCUCUGAGCUCUUCAGAUCGGACUCCACUCACCAGCCCCUCCCCAUCCCCCUCGUUGGACUUCUCCGCUCCUGGAACACCAUUAUCUCAUUCAGCCACUCCGAGUCUUUUAUCUGAAGCAGACCUUAUUCCUGAUGUCAUGCCCCCGCAGGCACUAUUUCACGAUGAUGAAGAGGGAGAUCCAGACAGCGUCAUUGACCCCGGAAUAGAGUAUGUGCCACCUCCCAACAUGGCCACUGGUGCAGUGAUUGUAGGCAGGAAGAAAGUGAAGGCACCUGAGCAAAUCAAGCAUGAAGCUGAAGAGGAUGAAGAGAGAGCCGAGAAAAUGGAGGGUGACACUGAAGAGGUUGAAAAUGGCAUUGAGUUGUCCCAAGCCAGGGUUCGUGAGAGGAAAAAAGUCCAGGCAGAAAGGGACAUGCAGGUGCCUGCCCCCAAAUAUACAGCCCUCAGUUUGUAUGAUGAACGACUGCUACUCCGAAGGCUGGAAUCUUGCCCCCAUGCAUUAGCCUUGAGCGUUGAGGCCAAGAGGCUCCGUCGCAAAUUACUUGUGAGACAAGCCAAAAGGGAAAGAGGUUUGCCCCUCUUUGACCUGGAUCAAGCUGUUGAAGCUGCAGUUUCACUGGUCGGUGAGGUAUAUGGAGCCAAGGAAGGUAACUGUAAUGGGACACCUGUGGGCUCUGGGACCUUCCGGACCACCAGUCAAGACUUUCGGAUCUUGGACCGGUACCAGAUAUCUUUAUCUCACACAAAAGGAUACCAGGAGCAAAGGAUAAAGUUUCUGCAUCGACUGACUGGAUCGGGAGACAUAAUGAACCAGUGCAUCAUCAGCCCAUAUACAUCACGGGUACUCAAGCCAUACAUCAGGCGUGACUUUGACUGUACUCCACCUAAACUAAAACUCCUGGCUGAAAUCCGUGGCUACCCACAUCGGAAUGACCCGAGCUGGAAAGCAGAGGCAGAAGCUCCUAUUGAUUACUGCUACGUCUGCCCUAACUUUAUUCCUACAAUAAACUCAAUGUGCCAUGAAUUCUUCUGGCCAGGCAUUGACUUGUCAGAGUGCUUGCAGUACCCAGAUUUCAGUGUUGUUGUUCUCUACAAAAAAGUUAUUAUUGGCUUUGGCUUCAUGGUUCCUGAUGUGAAAUACAACCAGGCUUAUAUUUCCUUCUUGCUGGUCCACCCAGAGUGGAGGAGAGCUGGGAUUGCAACCUUCAUGAUUUAUCACCUCAUUCAGACCUGCAUGGGGAAGGAUGUGACUCUACAUGUCUCUGCCAGUAACUCUGCUAUGCUACUGUACCAGAAGUUUGGAUUCAAGGCUGAGGAGUACAUCUUGGAUUUCUAUGACAAGUAUCACCCCUUGGAUAGUAAGCAGUGCAAACAUGCAUUUCUCCUCAGAUUGCGGAGAUAAUCUCUUUGAAUCCAGUUGAUGCAAAAUGCAAGGACAGAAUUGAGUAGAUCAUGUGCUUUGAAGGAUCACUGCCCAACAAGCACCAUGUUGAUGUUAACUUGAAAAAUAUGGACAAUUAAGUAGGAGCAAUGAUCUAAAUACUGUUAAGUUUUUAGAUCAUAUACUAAAGAAACCUUGUUUUACAAGGCCAUCCCUGCUUAAAGAAUCACCGGUUUUACACAAACCUUGGAGCUGGCUGCAGCAUGGGAACCACUGCCAUUAAACCUGUGUAGAAUGCUGCAGUGUCCUGAGCCCUCGGCAGAACCAAUAAAGGGAAGUGCAAAGAAGCAUUUGUAUUUUCUUUCGGGAGGGGUGUGAGGGAAGGCACUGGAAUGUUUCUUGAUCUGCAUCGCCCAGUUAUGUUUGGUGUCAAUAGGGGUGAAGGGGUGAAAAGUUGUGCUAACUUUAUCCGAUCGUAUGUCAUCCAUCAUCAUAAAACAAAAU